GUGAUAGAAGACAUCCAACUUGUCUCCAUGAUGACCGAACUAAGGAUGCAAGACGCCAAUCAAAGACAAACAAGACAAGAAGCUGUGAUGAGUCAAUUGAGAGAAAGACAGACUGUUCACAAAUUGCCAAUGAUGCACCACAAGCAAAUGAAGCAACAGCUCACAGAAUUUUGCAAAAUGAUGAAGCGACUCAUACAUCUUCCAUCAUCCCGGUGUGGGUGUCUACCAAGAAUGAACCAGAGCAUGAAGUUCUUGUGUAUGCGCUCCUUGAUACACAAAGUGACACAACAUUCAUACUUGCAAAAACCGCAAAGGCUCUACAUGCGACAAGUAAACCAGUCCAGUUAAAGCUCACAACAAUGUCCACAAGAAACGCAGUAGUAUCCUGCCACAAAUUAUCUGGUUUGCAAGUGAGAGGAUUUUACUCAAAUAAAUUAAUUCCUCUACCAGUUACAUAUUCAAGAACCUUCAUUCCAGCCAAUAUAGACCACAUUCCCACUCCUGAAACAGCCAAGGUGUGGCCUCAUCUUGAACACAUUGCAAAUGAAAUCGCUCCAUUACAAGGUUGCGAUGUGGGCCUUUUAAUUGGCUACAACUGUUCCCAAGCUCUUGUUCCUCGACAAGUCUUGACUGGCAAGGAAGACCAACCGUUUGGACUAAAAACGGACCUGGGAUGGAGUAUAGUGGGCUUCGGCAAUCCAUGUCUUGAUUAUGGAGAUGCUAUUGGAUUAAGUCACCGAAUCAUUGUGAAGCAAGUCAUGCCAAGCAUUAAAUCUUCUUCGAAUCUGUCGAGUGAAGUACACUAUGUGAACAGAACUCAAAUAAAGGAAAUUGUCUCACCUGCAGACGUCAUCAAGAUGUUGGAGUCAGAUUUUGUUGAGAAAGCUUCAGAGGACAUAAAAAUGUCUCAAGAAGAUAUCAGAUUUAUGACAAAAUUGAAAGAAAGUAUCAAACAUAAGGAUAAUGGCCAUUAUGAGAUGCCCCUGCCAUUCAAGACUGAAAAACCUGAUUUACCCAACAACAAAGAAUGCGCCAUUCAUCGACUUCGGUUGCACAAAUUUGUCUCCAACAGCGCAAAGGUCCUAGCUACACUUCCAAAGGAAGAGUGUGCUGUAGCUGUCAAAGACUUGGAUGUGGCACCAGGUGAAAUGCGCAUAGAAAGAGCACUUGGUGUACAAUGGUGUGUGGAAUCAGAUCAGUUUCAGUUUAGGAUUGUUGUCAAGAAAAAUCCAUUCACCCGAAGAGGAGUUUUAUCUAGUCGCCUCUGUGUUUGACCCGCUCGGAUUUGUGUCGCCGUUUAUCCUGAAAGGAAAGCAGAUCCUUCAACAAAUGUGCCGUGAUAAACUUUGCUGGGAUGACGCUUUACCAGACAGUCUUGGACCUCAAUGGGAAUCAUGGCUGUUUGACUUGCAGAACCUGGCAAAUCUCAAGAUCCAAAGGUGUUACAUACCGCCAGACUUCAAGGUGCAGCACCACGAGUUGCACCACUUCUCUGAUGCAAGUGCAUCUGGUUAUGGCAUGUGUUCCUACCUCAGAUCGGUAAGCAUGUCUGGCCAAGUUCAUUGUUCCUUAGUGAUGGGAAGAUCAAGAGUACCACCAUCUAAAGUGACAACGAUACCUCGACUUGAGUUAUCUGCAGCAGUAGUCGCUGUUCGCAUCGGUGACAUGUUAAAAGGGGAGCUGGGAGUCACAUUGUCAAGCGAAACAUACUGGACAGAUUCGAAAGUUGUACUUGGGUACAUCAACAACGAGGCCAGAAGAUUCCAUGUAUUUGUUGCAAAUCGUGUAGAACGUAUCAAACAAAGUACCGAGUCAAAACAAUGGAGUUAUGUGGUCUCUGAAGAGAAUCCGGCGGACCAUGCCUCAAGAGGCCUGACAGCGAAGGAACUAAUAACAUCAAAUUGGUUCACAGGCCCUGGUCUUCUCUGGCAGAAAGUUGUACCCAGUGGUGAAAUCAAGGUGGGAGAGAUUUCAGUUAGUGACCCAGAAGUUAAAAAGGUUUCAGUCCUCAAUACGCAAGCUAAUGAACAAAGGUCACUUCUAGAUCGCCUGCAGAAGUUCUCUGACUGGUUCAGAAUGAUCAAAGCUGUUGCCAGGCUGAAGCGCUUCCUAAAAAAUGCAAAGAACAACAUUAAAGGUUCAAGUCAACCUUGCACGUUUGAAGACAGGAAAGAGGCAGAGUUAACGGUCAUAAAGAUGAUCCAAGAAAGGGCAUUUCCACAAAUCAUGCAAUCACUUCAACCUCCAAUUAUAAUACGGACUAAAGAUAAAGCCAAGAAACUACACAAGUUAUGCCCAUUUAAAGAUGCCCAAGGUAUUCUUCGUGUAGGAGGACGCCUCACACAUGCUACCUUGGAUCCCAACAUUAAACAUCCAGUGAUCCUGCCAAGAGACAGUCAUGUUUCAGUAUUGCUUGCGAAACAUUACCACGAAAGGACACACCAUCAAGGUCGAGGAAUUACGACAAAUGCAAUCCGUGCUAAUGGCUAUUGGAUUCUCGGUUGCAGCAAAGUUGUCGCAUCUAUCAUCUUCAGAUGUGUGAAGUGCCGAAGAUUUAGAAGAGAGACAGAGCAGCAAAGAAUGGCAGAUCUCCCAGAGGAAAGAAUGGAAAUCAGCCCACCAUUCACAUAUUGUGGAAUGGACUGUUUCGGUCCUUUCUAUAUCAAGGAAGGUAGAAAGGAGUUGAAGCGCUAUGGCUUGUUAAUCACCUGUAUGUGCUCCCGAGCAAUACAUAUUGAAAUGCUUGAUGAUUUAACCACUGAUGCUUUCAUCAAUGCCCUUCGUGCAUUCAUCGCUAUUCGAGGUGCGGUACGGCAGAUAAGGUGUGAUCAAGGAACAAACUUUGUCGGUGCCAAAAAUGAAUUUGUUGAAGCUCUGAAGGAAAUGGAUCAAACCAAACUGGACAAACUGGAAUGCGAAUUUCUCAUGAACACCCCGGCAUCAAGUCACAUGGGUGGUGUCUGGGAAAGACAAAUUCGAACCAUAAGAAGUGUGCUCAUGGCCAUCCUUGAUCAAUCAUCCAAACAACUUGACAGCUCUUCCUUGCGUACGUUCUUGUAUGAAGUUAUGACAGUUGUCAACAGCAGACCACUUACAACCGACCAUCUUUAUGACCCAUCUAGCCCAGAACCCUUGACACCAAACCACAUACUCACGAUGAAAUCCACAAUUAUUGCGCCACCUCCAGGAAAAUUUGUUCAGGAGGAUCUUUAUCUCCGGAAGAGGUGGCGUCGUGUUCAAGUCUUGGCAAAUACCUUCUGGACAAGGUGGAGAAGGGAAUAUGUGUUGAAUCUUCAAAGCAGACAAAAAUGGACUAAGGAACGCAGAGA